GAAGAUUUAAAAGGACGGAGAGAGCAAGCGAGUGACAAGAAUGGCGUCGUCGAAAGGCGGAGGAGGAGGAGGGAGCAGUCCAGUGGUGAGAGUAGCGGAGAUGGAAAAGAUGAGUAUAGAGCAACUGAAAGCCUUGAAAGAGCAGACGGAUCUCGAAGUCAAUUUGUUACAAGAAAGUCUCAACAACAUUCGCACUGCCACCACCCGCCUUGAGAUUGCAUCCUCCGCCCUUCACGAUCUCUCCCUCCGUCCCCAAGGGAAGAAAAUGUUAGUGCCUCUCACUGCAUCGCUCUAUGUACCUGGAAAGCUCGAUGAUGCCAAUAAAGUACUUGUUGAUAUUGGGACUGGCUACUUUGUUGAGAAAACAAUGGCUGAAGGCAAAGAGUAUUGUGAGCGCAAGAUCAACUUGCUCAAAUCUAAUUUUGAUCAACUAAUUGAGCUUGCGUCGAAAAAGAAGACAGCGGCGGAUGAAGCUGGGGCAGUCUUACAGGCCAAGUUGAAGCAGAUGGUCCCUGCAACAUAGUGGGGUUCUAGGAUCUUGUAAUAUUUAAUUAAGUUCUCGAAUUUCUGGAAUUUUCGUUGUUGAUUACUGCACUCAGUAAAAUUGUUUUAUUUUUAAUUUUA